AUGCUGAGAUGUGCUCCUGCGAUUAGUCGCGGGAUAUCUGAGCACCAGCACGGUUUCUCUCCGGGGCGAUCUACAGUAACAGCGCUGCGUGUCUUGCUCAGCACAGCAAGGUAUUCUCGGGCAUGCUACGUACAAGCAAUCUUUUUAGAUAUCUCCGGCGCCUUCGACAACGCCUGGUGGCCGAUGAUGAUGGUCAAAGCAAAACGAGGUGGUUGUCCACCAAACAUUUACAAAAUUCUGGUGGACUACUUCACCUCCAGACGUGUGGGCCUCUACAUCGGUGACCGGGUUGAGUGGAAGACGUCGACCAUGGGAUGUCCUCAAGGCUCUGUGCUGGGCCCAACACUGUGGAAUGUAUUGAUGGACGAUCUCCUCCGACUCCCUCUGCCUGAGGGAGUAUCCAUGACUGCCUACGUUGACGACGUUACAAUUCUGAUUGAAUCUGAAACCAGAGCGGGUAUCGAAUCCAGGGCCAGAGUGUCCCUGGACCUUGUACGGGAGUGGGGGCUAAUGAAUCGACUGGAGUUUUCCUCAUCAAAGUCGACCACCAUGACUGUUAGAGGGAAACUUCAGCGCCCUCCUGUUAUUAAACUUGGUGGAGAAUCCAUUAAGACUGUAACUAAUGUUAAGGUACUAGGCGUGGUUUUGGACUCGGGACUGUCAUUUGUGCAACAUGCGUCCGAUAUCUCUGAAAGAGCGACCAAGGGAUUUGGCAAGAUGACUCGCGUAUCGACAUCUUCAUGGGGUGUCCGAUAUCCGAGCCUAAAAAUAAUAUACAGAGGAGUAUUUGUAUCCACGCUCACGUACGCGGCGGAAUGCUGGUACGAGCGUGCGAACAUGUACACAGUCCGUAGCGUGUUACUGAGAUCGCAGUGA